AUCCGUGAGAAUCUAAUCAACCAUACUUCUCACGUUAGCUGAUUCCUUGGUAUAUUGCGGAAUGCUGUUCGCCAUUACCGUACUUUAGUUUUUACAUAGACGAAUUCAGUGUUAGAUUCUUUAUUAUCCGUAAUAUAAGAUUAUGAUAACGUAUUGUUUGUUAUAAUAAGUCCAAUAAAGUGAAUAGAAAAUGAACGAAUCGAACGAAAUUGAUUGGAGGAACUUUACCCUAUUCGAACAACAGAGUAUAGAGGAACUAGAAAAUGAACCAGAUUUAGAAAAACAAUUAAUCGAAAUGAAGGAAACCAGUGGAAAUAAAUUAUGGAUAAUGUUUCAAACUACAGCCACAGCAAUUACACAACUAUAUAAAGAUCGCCAGUCUGGAGUGUCAUUAUGGGUGCCUUUUCAAAAUGCUGCUGGAAAUGUUACAGCAUUGUAUAAAGAAUGUGGAGAUGCUCAAAAGAAUUUAACAGAAAUUGGUUUUCGUUGUGGAUAUCAACGGAGAAAUAAAGAACUUUUAGCAUGGUUGAAGAAACGUAAAAAACACUUGAAAAGAGAAGAUUUAAUUGGAUUUCUUACUGGAAAAGUCCCACCCCAUCGAUCUAAACCAAUAAGAAAUUCUUACCCGUAUUAUUCUCACAUUGCCUUACCAAAUCAAGAAACAGAACCUAAUAGCAUUGAUGAAACUAAUCAAGAAUUUAUAGAAGCAUUACCAAAUUUUAACUGUAAUAUUUCGAGCAUCAAACAACAAACUCCUGGACAUCGUAACCGUAAUUUAGUUAGUGAAUUAAAUAAUUAUGCAAGUAUUGCAGAUGAUUAUGCUCAAAAUGUAGAAUCGCGUAAGAGAUUGACUUCUAGCGACGUUAUCAUGGACUCUCCGACACACAAAAGAAGCCGCUAUACAUAGAAUCUGUUUCUUAAAUAACCAUAAAAAUAUAUAUAUUUUGUCAACUGGCUUGGUAUAUCUCUUUGUUAAAGGAUUGUUUCUGUGACUAUACCAUGGUAGAUAUCAAGUGUUUUUUCUGGAAUGUUUAAAAAUCAUUAAAAUAUUAAUUUAUGGAAAUUGGAAAAGCAGACUAUAUACAUUAUGUAAAUUUCUAUGUAAAUCUUUGCAUAUUAAAGGGCUUUGAUGGUAAUUGAAA